AUGGCGGCCCCGUCUGGACUCGGGCCGAGCGACACUGCUGCAGUGCCUGAUUUCACUGAAAAGCGCGGGGAAGGCGCAGCAGCCGCAAUCGAUCCUACGCCAUCCCCUCGCCAGGGCUUCUCCCUAUCUAUCUCGACUCCACUCCACCAUCCCAUCCCCACCGUUGAUCCACUGGGCACCAUGUCCACGCUGCUCUCUUUCGCCCGUGCUGGACCCGCACAUCGCGCUCCUCCACGCGAUGAGGAGGCCAACGUCGCCGUCGCCGUCGAUGGCGCUCCCUCCACCUCCUCCUCGUCUCGCUGGUCGCGCCCCUUUGCCCGCGCCUCCAACUGGGGUAGCAACGUCGAGAUGAGACCGCAUCCGGCUCCUGAACCCGCUCGCAACUCCGAUCUCGAACAAGCCACCCCCGCCGCUGGUGGCCGUCACGAGCGCACCGCCUCCGCCCUCUCUUUCCUGUCGGCCGUCCAUGUGCCUUCGCUCUCCACCCUCCGUCAGCGCGACCGCGACAACGAGCGUCGCAGGCAGAACCAGCGCGCCAACAACCCGGAUCAGCCCGUCGUCUCCGCCCUCGCCACCGUCACCACCGCCCCACCCGCUUCCCGCGCCGCCAACAAGAAGUCCAGAAGCAGCAGGCGCGAACGCGAGGAGGCCGCCACCCUCUUCGGACCCAACCUCGCAAACUACUUUGGCAGCGGCAUCAGCAGCUCCGGCGCCGUAUCCAGCCACGGUGCGGGUGUUCCUCAACCGCCUCCCGUCACAAGCCCCGUCUCACCCACCGCCGCUCCAGAUUCGGCCGUCGAUCCCACGACUAACAACACCGCCGCCGCCGCCACAGCCGAUGCGACCUACCCGCAAGCUUCGUCUUCGCGCCGCGUACGUCUCGGCUCGCGCGGUCGUGCCAGAGGUGCCUCGCUCUCUGGUCUCAGCAUGAUGUCCCUCGGCGCCGAGUCAGUCACCUCGCUCGGCGACCUCAACGUAGACCGCUCCAACGAUGCACCCGCACAGGCACACGGCAUGAUCCAAGGCUCCACCGCCGACCUCAUCGACCAGCUCAACCGCGACGCAGGCCCCAACACCACCGACGGCCACAUCGCCAUGAGCGAGGGCGUCGACAUCACCACUCUCCAGCGUUGGAUCCACCGCAGCACCGGCAACUCCGAUGCCGCAAUCCCCACCGCCGCCGCCGCUGCAGCCACGUAUGGCCCUCCCGUAUGCACCACACUCCAAUCGUUUGUCAACCUCAAGCGCAACACGCUCAAGCUCUCACCCAAGACCAAUGUCGAUGCUGCCAAGCCCGCCGAAGCCGACGCCAACUUCCUGCGCACGCGUCCGUCGCUCUCGCUGCUCCCCACGCUCUCCUACGCCUCCACCGGCGCCGCGUCCACCGCAACCAGCCUGCUGCCCGAGCCCACGCACUCGCUCUACUUUGAGUACGACUGCGCCGCGCCGUACGCCAGCGUCCAGAUCUUCAUCCGCGCAAGCCGCAAGCACGGCAGCUGGCUCAACUACCAGCCUGCCUCCAGCAAUACCGGUGACCCGCUCGCGCAACCGACCAAUCCGGACGGCAGCCCGGCGUGGCUGGCGCAGUGCGCGCCGCCGCCCCAUGUGCUCGGCUGGCCCGUGCAUGUCGCCAAGCUCGCCAAGGGCUUUGGUGUGGGCCAUACCGCCACCAUCCCGCUCGACCUCGCCUACUAUGCGCCGCCACGACGCGCCAAGCUCGACGCCAACACGGCCGGCGCCAGUGGGGGUGCGGCUGCGGGCGAGACGGGCGAGCCGAUCGCUGCGCACCCGCGCAUCGCCUCGACAGUGGAGCCCGUGACGCCAGCUGCGAUCCCGGAGACGCCCGGGUUCGAGUUCCAGCGUCGGCUUGAGCUCGAUGCGGACGAUGCGGACGACGAUCCUCCCGCACGCCACGCACGUGCUGGCUCCAGCCGUGUGCCCGGUGCUGUUGUCGACUCGGGCGCGGGCGCGGGCGAGGCUUCGUCGGGUGCGGUUGCGCUUUCCGCCGAGGUGGCUGCACAGCCUGCAGUGGAGGAGGAGACCAAGGAGCAGCGACUUGCGCGCGAGAAAGCCGAACGCGAGACGCUCAAGCUCGCCAUCGUCGUCGAGGCGCUCGACGAGCAUGCACGUCCCCUUCGCGAGCCCAACCUGCAGACCUCCUACCUGCGCCUCACCUCUCUCCCCGUCAAGAAGAGUGUUUCGGAGCGUCUCGCCUCGCUCUCCACGGAAGUUCGUACUUGGAGUUCGCAGGUGGAGGGGCAGGAAGCCGAGAUUGGUCCGCACCGGUUCCAGUUACAGGAGCUUUAUGGCCUGUCAAGCAAGCCUCCCGCUGUUGCACCAGCACCGCCCGAGGGAGAGGAGGAGGAAGCGCCGCAGAUGGCCAUGGUGGAUGCGAGCAGUGGCUCCGAGUGUCUGAUUUGUCUCUCGAGUCCGCCGACGACGUUGUUGCUGCCGUGUACGCACGGGCUGUGUCUCGAGUGUGCGGUGCAGCUGCGCGAUUCGGUCGUCGGCAUUCGUCAGAGCGAGAGGAGGAGGGGUAGGACGCCGCGUCGCAAGUAUGCUUGUCCAGUGUGCAGGAGGGCCUAUACGAGCAUGCUGCACCUCAGCAAGGCCGACGAAAAAUCCGCCGUCCACUCCACCGCCCCCUCGUAG